AUGGAGAAAGACAUAAUUUCUCUUAUCUCGCGUCUAUCAGCGGAUAAUCCUGAUAAUAAUCCAUUGACAACUCUGGAUGACAGUCGACAAAUUCUUGUGAAGAUGGCAGUUGAGAAAUUCAAUGAAUAUGUUUCGAAACGAUAUGAAAAGAAUAUAGUAUAUUUAUUAAAGAUAUUUUUCUUAUUGGGCAAAACCAAUGAAGGAAUUCGACGAUUUUCUCUAUAUCUUUGCUCAUACAUUUCAAAUAAAUGUGAACUAUUGAUAACUACUAAUAAAUCAUCUUCACAAUCAUCGGAAUUUGUAUCGGCUAAUUUAAUCACAGAAAUUCUAGAGUUUGUUGCAGAUACAUUGAAAAAUAAUUCAAUGUACGUCGAAACAUACUGUGGUCCAGGCAACAUAUUUGGGCUUGUAUCCUUUGUUCAUUGUGUUGUUGACCGAUACGUCAAGUGUGUAGUCGAGCGUUUCUAUUCUUAUCAUCAUCUUGAUGAACUUUGUUCAAUGCUCAAGAAAUCAAAUAGUAAUAGUUUCAGCAGUAAAAGGCAUGAUUCAUCAGCUCAGUUGAUCAAUAGAGAUAAAAUAUUGGAUCCAAGCGAAUUAGGAUCGGAUCGCGUAUUAGUCAUUGAGCCUAUAAUUGUUGAAACGCUCCAGAUCAUUACUUGUUCAGAACUUUAUUUGAGAUUUAUACUGAGGCGAAUUUCUAAAAUCAAUGAGAUCUCCAAAUUUUUUGAAAAUUCUCAACUUGUUUGUAAAGUACAAGAUUUACUCAGCAAAUAUCUUAAUUUAGAACAAUAUUAUCUCCGUGUAACAAUUAUGAAGGCAUUACGUUCAAAUGAAGUCGACACAUCUAGUAAUGUAUGGUGUUUUAUUGACGAUGUAUUUUUCAUCACCAAAAAAAGUCUUAUUUAUACUGAAAUUAUUUUUAUUUCUUUUAACAAACGAUCUCUUUCAUCUGGCAAUGUGGAUACUAUUUGUGCUAUGGUGAAUCGUAGUUGUUCAAUACUAGUUGAUCUUAUGGUAAAUGAUUUUCUGGGCAACAUUAUUCGUACAGGGUUUCCUUCAGGUUGGGUGCAAGAUGCAUACAGUUAUGUUCAGAAUAGUGUUGCUGUGGCUGGUUCACCUAGUUCUUCUUCAUCUACUGUCAAUGUUCCAACAGUAUCAUCAUUUAAUAUGAUUGGACCUAAUGCACUCGCAAGAUAUCAUUCUCUAGUUAUUCUUAAUAGUAUUGAAGCAUCUCAAAAGAAUUUACUGUCUCUUGUUAAUCAUCUUGAAAGUGAAUUAAAUUUACUUUAUCAAAAUCAAGAAAUCAAUUCACAGAAACUUAAUAUGUGUAUCACGGAAUUAAAAGUUUCUAUCUCAGAUCAACUUCAAGCAUUACUUGAUUCUGCUUUCGAGCAUCUUUCAACUAGUGUUAUUCAAAGUCAAGUAAAAACUUUGUUAAAUGUUUUCACGUCACUGAAAUAUGAUUUACUUGAGGAGGAUUUAGAUGUUUUCGCUGCUAAUGAUAGAUGGAUUGAAUCAUGUAUAGCUCAUACAGAGGAUUUUCUUAAACCAUUUAGGUCUGUCUUAUCAACUGAGAAUAACGAUCGAUUUUUUGGAGCUAUUCAGUUAAAGAAAGAAUAUCAUAAUUUGUUUGCCUAUUUAACAUCGAUAUCUUACAGUUCUUUGCGUGAUUAUUUCACGCGUAGUUUACAGAUCUGUAGACUUUUAAAUUUGGAUCGAGUUGAAGAAGUCCAUUAUUAUUGGAAUAGUUCUAGUUGGCGUCUUACUGCACACGAGGUCAGAAGUAUUCUAUCUCUAAGACGUGAUUUCGCUGUCAAUGAAAUUCGAGCACUUAAACUACAAUGA